ACAAACGAAAACCCUCGAAUCAUCGUCUCUCUCUCUCUCUCUCUCUCUCUCUCGGCGGCGAACCGGAGAGCUGGAAACAAUGCACGCCGUGGUCUCCGGCCACCGCCUCCCGUACAUCUCCGGGCGCAGCGGUAACCUCACCGCUCGCCGGAGCAAGAGGGCUGACACAACCGUACGCAUGGCGUUCAGAGAAGAUGGACCUACGGUCGCCGUAGUGGGAGUGACGGGAGCCGUCGGGCAAGAGUUCCUUCAGGUGCUUUCCGACCGUGACUUUCCUUACCGCUCUAUUCGGAUGCUCGCCAGCCGGCGUUCUGCUGGCCGCCACCUAUCCUUUGAGAACCGUGAGUACACCAUUGAGGAGCUCUCCCCGGAGAGCUUUGAUGGUGUUGAUGUCGCUCUGUUCAGCGCUGGUGGUUCGGUUAGUCGUGAGUUUGGUCCUGUUGCUGCUGAGCGUGGGGCUGUUGUCGUGGAUAAUAGUUCGGCGUUUCGUAUGGAUCCUGGUGUCCCGCUUGUUAUCCCGGAGGUGAAUCCUGAUGCGAUGCGGCAUAUUAGGUUGGAGGGCAGGAGCAAGGGGGCCAUCAUUGCUAACCCUAAUUGUUCUACUAUUAUUUGCUUGAUGGCCGCCACGCCGCUGCAUCGGAGGGCAAAGGUGGUUCGAAUGGUUGUCAGCACCUAUCAGGCAGCUAGUGGAGCAGGUGCUGCAGCAAUGGAAGAACUUGAAUUGCAGACUCGAGAGGUUUUGGAUGGCAAAAGACCCACUUGUAAGAUCUUUAAGCAACAGUAUGCAUUUAAUCUAUUCUCACACAAUGCGCCAGUUCUUUCAAAUGGGUAUAAUGAGGAGGAAAUGAAAUUGGUGAAAGAAACAAGAAAGAUCUGGAAUGACGAGGAUGUUAAAGUUACUGCAACUUGCAUCAGAGUUCCAGUGAUGCGUGCACAUGCUGAAAGUGUUAAUCUGCAAUUUGAAAAGCCUCUUGAUGAGGGUACUGCAAGGGAAAUUCUCAAAGGGGCUCCUGGGGUGGUUGUUAUUGAUGACCGUGGUGCCAAUCGCUUCCCAACACCAUUGGAGGUGUCAAACAAAGAUGAUGUUGCGGUUGGUCGUGUUCGUCAAGAUGUUUCUCAGGAUGGAAACCAUGGACUGGACAUAUUUGUUUGUGGAGAUCAGAUACGCAAGGGCGCUGCACUUAAUGCUGUGCAGAUUGCAGAGAUGUUACUCUGAACCUGCCGGCUGUCUUAAGAGUAUGUUUUACCUAUCUUUCCUUGGUUUCUCAUGCUGGCCAAAGCAGUAUUCAGUAUUCUCAAAUUUUGAGUGUUUUGAGUGUUUCCCUUUGUUCUUCAUCUAUUGUUAAAGAUGCUACUAUAUUUCAGAUGAAGAGAAAAACAAUAAUACUUAUUUUCAAAGCCUCUGGUUCA